UCUCUGACAGUGAUCUCUGUUGUCUCGGGGCCGCUGAAGGUGUCGGAUGUCUCGGAUGUGUCUCUGGGAGUAGACGGGAGAAGAUAUCGAUCAUUGACGGUUCUGUCUCUGUCUCUGGGGGGUGUGGGUCGGUGGGUUGGUGGGGGGGUCCGGACCACCUGUCACUCCGCUCUGAGGACAAACUGAGAGGAGAAAGGAGGAAACAGGGACGCGCGUAAUUCCUCUGUGCGUCUUUGCCGCGCCAUGCCUCUCCUCUUCCUCCUCCUCCUCCUCCUCCUCUGACCGCCUCCUGUCGCUCCCGUGUUGGAUGAACUUUCUCGCCGUCUGCCGGGACGCGUCCGCUCGCACUGAGGAUCAUGAAGACGACGCGGAAAUGUCGCGCUCUGCUGUCCGUGGGUCUGAACCUGGUGGCCCUCUUCUUCUCCACCACCGCCUUCAUCACCACGUACUGGUGCGAGGGCACCCAGCGCGUCCCCAAGCCCAACUGCAGCAAGCAGCGGCGCCUCAACUGCAUCGACUACGGCGUCAACGAGACGGACCAGAGCAAGGUGCACUACAGCUGGGAGACCGGGGACGACCGCUUCCUCUUCCGCCGCUUCCACACCGGCAUCUGGUACUCCUGCGAGGAGAACAUCCACGAGGCAGGUGAGAAGUGUCGGAGCUUUAUUGAUCUCGCCCCGGCGUCGGAGAGAGGCGUGUUGUGGUUGUCGGUGGUGUCCGAGGUGCUCUACAUCCUGCUGCUGGUGGUCGGCUUCAGCCUAAUGUGUCUCGAGCUUUUCCACUCCAGCAACGUCAUCGACGGGCUCAAACUCAACGCCUUUGCCGCCGUCUUCACCGUGCUGUCCGGUCUUCUGGGUAUGGUGGCCCACAUGAUGUACACUCAGGUGUUCCAGAUCACAGUCAGUCUGGGUCCUGAAGACUGGAGGCCUCACAGCUGGGACUACGGCUGGUCCUUCUGCAUGGCUUGGGGAUCCUUCACCUGCUGCAUGGCCGCCUCCGUCACCACCCUCAACUCCUACACCAAAACGGUGAUCGAGUUCAGGCACAAGCGCAAGCUGUUCGAGCAGGGCCUGCGCGAGGAGCAGAACUACCUGGACCAGGAGGCCUUCCACUACUUCCGGGACCGCUCCCUCCAGUCCAUCUCCAGCACCGUGGAGGUCUACCCCGGCCACCACGGCGGAACCAGAGCCGGGCUGGUCGUCGGAGGCCCGGGUCCAGGUCCUGGACCGGGCCCGGGCCCUGGUCCCGGACGGGGCAAGAUGAGAGCUGCGUCGGCCUCCAUAGACCUGGGGGAGAACACAGACUCGCUGGGGGAGGAGCAGUGUUGAGCCAUCCGCAGGGAACGGGAGGUUCAUGUGGGAGCGGGGCAGAGGGUCGGAAGUAGCCACAAGUUCUGCCACCGGACACGAAAGCACAGCAGAUCUUAUUUUCUGUUCGGAGAUCAUGAACUUGAAAAGAAGAGACGGAGGACGCAUCAGUGAAACUAAUAUAUUUAGAUGGAUAUUGUUCUUUAUGUAUUACAGAAAAUCAAUAUAAAGUGUGAAAGAGAUCUUUGACUUUGAGAAUUAAGAUUCUCCGUAGAUGGAAAGCAGAUGUUCUCCAGCAUAUUUCAGUGUGCUAUGUGUAGUAUUUUAACAUCGAAUUGGGCGGGAGCUAACUGGAUGUUGUUCAUUUAAGUGUGAAAUAGAGUGCCGCAGGGAUGACGUACUUUUGUCGGCGUCGCCCUCGUCCUUCAACAGAAAGCCAAUCGGAUUCUUCCAUUGGAUUUUGGAUUGUUGUGGAAAAGAAGCUUUGUGGCGAACAAAGCUUUAUAAUGCUUACAUGUUUUGUUCAGCAAGAUAAUCUUUACAAAUAGAACGCUGCAGGAAUGAGUCCUAAAACAUGGAACUGAGUUAGCAUUUUAGCUAAUGAGUCAAUGGGUUUUUGGUUAGAUGCUUGAAAAUAAGAUCCGUGAUAAACACAAGCUUAAAGGUUUAAAUACGUCAGUAAAUACGCCACCUUUAUAACUAACUUUACCUUUUUACUUGAGGCGAUCAUAUUUACGCUUCACAAAUCGUAAAAGUGGAGUUCAUUUGUUAAGAUUAUCUUUCUGAACAAAAGUUGUAAAGAUUGAGUUAGAACAGUUUGCAAGAGUAUAAACACAACAAGGCUCUCUGUACUUUCAUUUAGCCACUUGUUAGCGGCAUAUAAAGGCUUCAAAACCCAUAGGUGGGGUAUUUACUGACGUAUUUUAUGUCGUAGAAAAAAACAUGAGAAUCUUUUAAAGUGGGACGUAAGAAAGGCCAGAGUGACAGACUGACCACCAGAGUGACAGACUGACCACCGUUCAGCUUCUGGUAGUCAGACGCUAACAGAGCUAACCAGUCACUAGAAGCACAUUCACGGCUCCGUGUGGUAUUUGUGUUGUAAAGUUAGCUAAGCUAGUGGCUCAGAGGGAGAAACCAAAAAUAGCUGUAGUUUUUUUUGUAUGCUGAUAAAUUAAAUGAUUAAGGACAUCUGUCGGAUACAAAUAUGGACAGUAAACUACAGGAAUAUGCGUCAAUGCGAGAAACGAAAGAAAAACUACUUUUUUUUUACUGUAUUUUGACAGUCGGGGUCCAUUUUUGUCUGUUAUAUAAUUGUUUUCUCUCAAGUUGGGUGGGGAAGAGGUGAAACAAGGAAAGAGGAUGAUCUGCCUCGGGACAGGAAACUGACAAAAUACUACACAUAGCACUUUUAAACAGGUCAUAUCCAGGCUGUGCCCUGUUUAUGAUGCUCAACUAGUAAAAGUUGGAGUUUAAUGGCAAAACAUUUGACUGAUUGGUUUUCACAUUUAAUUCUUGCUUCAGGCUGUGACGAUAGCUUGUGUUUUACUUUAUGAGAGCAGGUGUGAAUAGUUGCCUAUAGCCGACUGUAAAACAGCUGCGUGGUUCGUUUUUCCUCACAUAAAAUAAACGCUAAUUAGGUUUGGUCACUUAAGCUAGAGUACGAACAAAACUAUAAAGGUUCCCCGUGGAGUCGUCCUGUUUGCAUUGUGUGUAUCCUCAAGGCCUUCAAUGCUUUUCCUUCUUCAUAAAACAUUUAAAUCUGCUUUCUUUAUUUACAGUAAAUCUAUGUUUGCUUGCUUGGACUUUUCCCUGCAUAUUGGUUGCGCACUGUGGCUGUGUUUGAAAUCACAUCCUAACAUACCUCAGACCUCCUAAAUGACUGUUCACACAAGCUCCGACACAGCGCUGUGGAGACUGAAUUAAACUACUUUAUCACUUAUGUAAGUUGGGUAAUUGUAUUCAUCUGGGCAUUUCUUACAGAAUUAACAGACUAUACAGUUGAAACACACUACAGAUGUCAUACUUGGUAUAAAUAGUACGUUAGUAUGUGAUUUCAAACACAACAUGCUACUUUUAUUAACACAUUACACCUUUCAGUCGGCAGCGUGUGGUGAAAGCAUCGACAUAUAUAACCAAAUAUAGCCUAAACAUUUCACAUUGGUUUCUGGCAUUUUACGUAGUUUUUAUCACGUGUUAAUUUUUCUGAUAACUUUGUUUUAAUUAGUUAUUUAAAGAUAUAAAAAAUGUUGUCUUUAUUUCUGUACAGUGCGAGCAAGUGGAGACACAAUGUCUAUCAAACCCACUGGCAGGAAUGUAUCACUGUGGUUAAAACCUCCAUGGGGUACCUUUAAGUGACACAUGCAAGAUUUAAGAAACCGAUCAACAAUAUUGUUUUCCUCUGCUUAAACAAAGUUCAAGAAGGUCCAGGCCCUAAAAACUGAUCUUACAGCCACAUCAGACUCUUUCUUUUGUCACUGCAACUUUCUUUCUCCAUCUAACUUUGAUGUAUUGAAACAUUUUCUGACUUCUAAUAUCACCACCAGCAUUCCCUCUUUACUCCGCCUGUAGUGACAGUUGCUCUUGUUUCUGGUCCCUUAAAGGGAAACAUAUCACAAAGAAAUAAUUCAGUGAGGUAAAAUUCACAAAACACUACAUAACAAAUAAAAUUAGCAAAAAAAAAAAAAAAAAGAAUCAAUGAAGUGCGUUUUUACUCAAUUGGAAAUUUACAACUGCAAACAAACUAUUACGGUGAGUUCCCACCAAACGCAAAGCAAAUAUUCACCUUUUAAUCUGGUUUAAAACGGCAGUUUGAGCCUAAAAUAAACAGAUAUUGCUGUGAUUUAAUGUCAAUAAAAGGAUCAAAUAAAUAAUAACUUCAUUAUGAUGUCAAUAAUUUGUCAGGGACAAGCAAACAACUUCAAUUUUCUGAAUGGAGUUUGGUUGAUCGAGCUAGGCUAAUUUAAUUCAUAGUAAAACUGAUAGCAGGAAUCAAGUAACAGACACAUAUUUUCCAACUUCCUCUCUUCCUUUUCUCCUCAUUUUGUCUCUGUAGAAGUAUCAUAGAGUUGUUAUUAUGUUAUGAUAGUUAAUCAUUUUAUUUGCGUUUGGUUGGAACGCAGCGUUAAUGAAGUCCAGGUUGAAAAAUACAGUUUAAUGACGUCACUGCAACAUCUGCUGAUUUCCGCUGUGUGAACUUCUUCGUUUUACUCUUCGUGACAUUUUUGAGAGAUAAACUUUCCUACAGUCGGAGUAAUUUUGGGGGCAUUGAUUGUGUUAAUGAUCAAACUGCAUAAAACACACACCUGCUCGUGAACAGGUGGUUUUCAUCGAGCACGACUGGAUCUGAACACAGAGGUUGUCUGUAUACAUUUUGUUUUUGUAUAUUUAAAAGCAGUUUUAAGAAGCACGUGCAGCUUUGAAAAGGCUUUGGGCAAAUAUUGACACCAUGCAUCCAUAACAUAUAUCAUUAGAGCACAAAGGCUAAUUAUAAAGGCUUUCAUUCUCAUUCAUAAAACAUAUAUUUCUGUUUGUUGGCCGGGGCGGGGGGUUAUACGUUUUUCAGCAACGGGCCACAAGUGUGUGGAAACACAUGAGUGGCAGUCCCAUCACCCAGAGGUCAGAGGGUCAAUCCUCUCAGAAAGUUAAUGUGCUGCAACCUCGCGGCGUCCUUGGGGGAAGCGGCUGAACCUGAGGCCGCUGCAGGGAACCGUUCACCUCUGACCCCCUCCGAAAAUUAACUGCAUGAAUCUGCUGUUAUGUGAGUCUCGAGAGGACGUUACUGCACCCGGAAAAUAAAUCCUCACAGCAACUGAGUGAUUUCAGAAAGAAGAAAGCGGCCGUAGCUCACAGCUGGACGGUUGUUUCUACUCAAAUGUGAAUAUUUAAAAGAUAAAUCUUUGAAUGUCUCUCUGAAGGUAGUGAGGAAACUGAUGUGGUGGCCUAAAGAGAUCUAGAUCAGGGUUCAUACUUGUCCUGGAAAACCUGGAAAUUUAGAGACUAGUUUUGAAAAUGUAUUAAAAUGACCUGGAAAUAUUCAACACUGUAAAACCUGAUCAGUUAAUUCAACUCAAACUAUUUAAACACGAAAGAUUUUUGAUUUGAGUAAAAGUGUUUAUUAUUAAGGUAACUUCAGUAAAUUAAGUUAAUUGUACUAAUUCCAUUCAGUUAAUUGAAGUUAAACUCAUAUGCAGCAUUUCUCUCUUUAAGUAAAUUUAUCUGUAAGUAAAGUUAAAAUUAAAGACAUCUUAUUUAUACAAAUGUUCCCUGUCAAAACAGCUGGAAAAUGAUUUCUUAAUGGUGGGAACCCUGACUAGUUGUCCAGUCAUGGAAGCACCUGGAAAUUGAUUAAAAUGACCAAAUAUCCUGGAAAUAAUCUAUGUUGUCCUGGAACAUUUUAGUUUUAGCUCCUCAAUCAACCUGGCCGUGUAUUUGGUCUGAAACCCGACCAUUGUGUCAAGUUGCAAGUGCUGUCCUGGAAAAUAUCUGGAAAGGUCCUGGAAAAUGUUUUCUUAAGAAGAGUGGGAACUCUGUUGUCUAAAAGGCUUUUUCUUCCACUGCAGGGACUUUUGAACUUUUGAGACACUAUAGGAAGAAUUACUCUCUUAUCUGUUUGGUAGGCGAGCGCUAUUGGAAACGCAGCAAACAACAAGUAUUAUUAUUAUUAUUAUUAAUAUAAAUUUUCUUUCACAUUUGACAUGUUACAGAUCGUUAAGUUCCUGUAGUGGGAAAAAGGAGUAAAAUGUUCAAACUGGGCAAAAUCAGAUCUAAUAUAACCCUAAUAUUCACCAACACAGCGAGCAGGCUUCGAGGUAUAAUCUGAGCUUUGUGGGGGUCUCUGCUCAGUGUACUGUGCCACCGACAGAUUUUCGUUUUUAAAUCAGAAAACCAAAAUCAGGAAACAAUAACGAAAAUUAAAAAUUUUUUCUGUUGUGAAAAAAAACAACCCAUUUUUAAAUUUAAUAAUUAAAAAAAAUUUAAAAAGGAAUUUUUUUUAAAAUUAGAAAAUAAAAACAAGACAAAAAAAUACCUGUUUUCUAUUUUGUUUUGAAAAUAAAAAACAGAAACCAAAACAAGGCCCAUUUUUAUUUUUUUUUCCUGUUUUCUUUCCCGUAUUUAUAAACAGCAGUUGUUUACCUGAUACGAAAAUCAGUUGGUCACAAAAUACUGACUGUCUCUAAAAUAAUUAACAUUGUUAUAAAAUAAUAACCUAACUGGGGAAGAGAGAGGAAGGUAAAAUUAUGCCCUUUUUGGUAUCAUAUGAAAGUCGGUGCACUGUCUUACGAGUUGUAAAUCCGUUACAAAGCAAGCAAGAUACAGAAUUAACGUAGAGAAAGAGUUAACGUAAUGUUAAAUAAAUAAGAAAUAAUACUCAUUGCAUUGAAAUAUUUGUGAUUAAAAUAACGUAUUAGAGCUCCAACGUAGCUCGAACCCUGCAGACGAGUCAUUCUUUGACUUUACGUGAUGUUUAAGGAUCGGGUAUUUAAAUGAUUAAAGUGUGAGAGGGAUCCCAGCUGCUGCUCGUGCUGCUGUCACUCUGCCUGAGUGUGUGUUAUGUAAGGCGGCAGCGGUGGAUUGUAAACAGCAGGGAUUAAAUUGGCUGAGAGUCGCAGGAGUUAACGGGAGGUUUUGGGGUCGACGUAAUCCAAAUACAAGUUCUAAAUCUUCGUGCUGCCUGUCUGUAAACUGGUGGUUUGUGGCGGGUCGUGAAUCCUCUGUACGCAGAUGUAAACAUGCUGGUUGAAUGUAUUUACUUACAUAUAUUUAUCUAUGUAUUACA